AUGUUAUGUGGUAAUUCCGUGAAUUUACCUGGUGGACUCCCGACAGCCCUUAAUACUAUUUUUGGGAUAGUUUUAAUGGGAAGAAUUUGUGAAGUGUCUUCGAACACCGCAUGUUCAUUGUUUGUGAAGGAGACAAAUGAGAAUUCAUUUGCGGACCUGCAGAAACUAGAUUCAACGGUUCAUGUCAAUCCUCUCGAAUUACAAUGCGAAGAUCAUUUUGCGAAGACCCAUACGAGGGAUGAUUCUGAGAGAUAUGCUGUAUCUUUGCCCUUCAAGGAAAACACAUUGAUAUUAGGCGAAUCAAAGCCGAGUGCUCUCGUCCGUUUUCGCAAAUUAGAACAUCGAUUCGAAAAGGAGCCUAGCUUAAAAGAAAAUUACGAUACUGUAAUGCGAGAUUAUUUGCCAAAAGGCUACAUCUCUCGUGCAUCACUGCCAGGCCAAUAUUUUCUCUCACAUCAUGAAGUGAUCAAGGACAGCACAUCGACCAAGCUUCGCGUUUUAUUCGAUGCUUCCUUUGCCACCAGCCAUGGGUAUUUAAACGACAAGUUAUUGACCGGCCCGAAAUUACAACGUGAUAUAAAAGAGGUACUACUUCAUUUUCAUACAUUCCAGAUCACAAUGACUGCCGAUAUCGCGCAGAUGUACUUACAGAUUGUAGUGUCUCCUCAUGAUCAUACUUUCCAACAUUUUCUAUAUAGUGCCGACCCUAGUGAGGCAGUAACUGCUAGUUUCAUGCAUAAGUACAAAAGUGAUCUACAACAGCGAUGA